AUGCCCACCACCAGAUCCACAGCCAAGUCCGACGAGGGCACGCCGAAAAAGGUUCGUUCUGUCAAGAACAUGACUGUCGAAGAGCGGGACAUUGCAAUUGCAAUGUUGAGAGAGGGCCGCAGUAAUGCGGAAGUUGCAGCGCACUUCAAUCGCGAUCCUGCGACUAUCCGGAAACUGCGCAAGAAAUACUCCAGCACCAAUUCGACAAAGGACAAACCUCGUAGCGGUCGCCCAAAGUUAUUAUCGCGUCAACAGGAGAAGCUUCUAUAUCGUGCAGCUCGCCGCUCGGGGCCAAAGGUCACACACAAGGAGCUCACCGAGGCAGCCACCGUGGUGCAGUCUGAUGGGACUGCUUUGAAGCUACCUUCCAAAAACACGUUGUAUAGGGCACUCCGCAGUCGAAAUCUGGUACCCUCGCGAUCCAAAAAGUGA